AGUCAAAAAUAAACAUUGCAAACAACAACUUGAUUAUAACAACAACAUGAAAUCUGGAAUAAUCUAGAUAAGCACCAAGAAAUGUUAUGAAUAAAUGCAAAGUCAUUAGGAGAGCACAGUCCUAUAUAAUUUAGCUACUGAAAAGUAACUAAUCUUUAUUAAAAAAAAAGUAAACACUCUGGACACAAUAUUUUAUCAACUUUUAGCUUUUGUGAAUAACCAGGGCAUGCAGCCUAUAUAUAAACAACUCAAGGAUCAGGUCUAUAUGAAUAAACUAGGACAAGGUCUUCGUUCUAUUUCAAUGUUUUUCCACGAACUUCUUAACAUUUCCGAAAAUCGUGAAUUCUAUGUCACGUUGACAUCUGUCUGUUAAAUUGAUUGAAGUUUUCUGUCUCCUCCCUGAUGUACACAUAUUCGCGGAAAGUUUAAUUCCAUUCUCCGAAAAUUAAACCCAAAACAUGCUUCUUGCCAAUUCUUAAGUGCAAUUGCAAUUAAAUCUUAAAUAUGAUUAUACAGUAAGUUGAUGAGAAAAUAAUAUACAAGAGUAAUAAAAAUACAUUCACUAUAAAAUAAGUAUUUAUUUCUAUUUAUAUCUGCGCCCGACCAAAUACCAUACGAGCUAAAUGAACCUUAUAUAUAUUAUCACAAUAUAUAAAGUUAAAUUUAGAUCAGUAUAUGGCCGUGUAUAUUAUCUGUCUUCAAUUUAACAAUGUAAAGGAAAUUGUAACCAAUGGAUGAAAAUGGAUGCUAAUAAAACUUUUCGCAAAAGUGUGAACGAACUAUCGGAAUAUGCAUAUGAUAGCAAUAACGAGACGGAACGGCAUUGUUCCAAAUGUGCAAACCAGCAAAAAAUUAACAUUAUAAUAUUCUGUAUUUUGUUUGUAGUAAUAAGUGUAAACGCUGUCUUAGCUGUGAAUCAAAUUACAGAUGCACAAAGACUACAAACGUUACAGAAUACAAUUGACAUACUGAAGAGCCAGGUCAAAGAUGUCAGACUGAGGCAAGAUGAGGGUGAUGUCGAGGAUGGAGAUGAUCAGGUUGACAUUUUAGACACAUUUCCUUUUCAAAUAAAUCCGUUUGCCGGAGAACAAAGUAGAGAAAAAAGAAACACAAACUCCAAACCUUGUAAUGGUGAUCCAAACUGCAAGAAAAGAACACGGAGACAGCAGGGUCGACGGAAGAAAAAGAAGUCACCUACAUUAGUGGCAGUUCAAUAUGAAGGCCGAAGAGGUGAACAAUACACUCUACCGCAUGAUAAUUUUGCAGGAGUAUUUCACAAAUGGCAAUUAGCUAACUGGAUAAAAUAUGAAAGAAAAGACGGUAAAAAAAGUCUUUUUACUAAAAGAGGUGGAUUUGUCUUGAAUCUUGAGACGGGAGAACUCACUAUUGAAAACAAGGGACUAUAUUUUUUGUAUUCGCAGAUAACCCUAAUGGGACAUGGAAAUCAGUCGUACAGCAUUGAAAAGAACAAAAAAGAGAAAAUAGCGAGUUGUUAUUUCUUCAGAGACACAUCGAAUACUGACGACCACAAUUAUCUGAAGAGAUACACUUCAUGUUCUACUAUGGGACUAUAUCAGUUUGAUAAAAGGGAUACCAUUCGAUUGCGUCAUGAUCAGAGGGAGGGAGUCAUGGCUUACUUUGAACCCAAUGCGUCCUUCUUUGGACUUAUCAAACUUAAGUAAGCAAUACUAAGUACGCAAUUGUUCCUAAUUAACGAACGGAUACAACAGAAGGAAUUGUUUUGCAUUAGAGCUUUGAUAAAUAUCAAUAUGUACUAAGUGAUGAUUAUGAGAGAAAUUCUUCAGCGUCGUUUAAGUUUGUUUAACACUGAACAUCAAGUUUCAAAUAACUGAUCUUAUACUAACUUAAUUACAAAUGAACAUUUAAAACGUAUAUGCACUAUGCUAUACGAUAAUCUAGAACAGAUGCAAAGACGUAAAAGCUUAAGACUUUUUUUGUAAUAUCUUAUAUGUUUUUGAUUGCAUAUGUAUGCCAAUUGAUACAAAUACUGAAAGAAACGACUUGUAAAUAACUUUGGAUAUUCAAAACACAAACUCAAAUCAAUUCGUCAGAAUAUUAUCCUGCACUGCUUUGCUGAUGUUGUGAAAUAUGGACGUUUAAGUGUUUCACAUUAUUCUCAUCUUAUUAUUUCCUUAUUUUUGUUGUGAUCAAUGCAAUGUUUGAAUAUGGUGUAUAAAUUGAUAUAUGUAAAAUAUGUAAAUAUGUACAAUAACCUUGUUUAAUGUAGAUUGUAAUAAAACUCUUAUAAAUAUGCAAAUGCAAGAAUAAAUAAAAGCAAUGUA